AUGGCUCAGAUGCAACCACGCCCCAUCAACACCCAAGCUGCAUUCCCAAAGACGAACCCUCUCUACAUUGGCUCCUUCGACGACAACAUGCUGUGCCAUGGUCCCCAGUUCGUAAAGCCAAUCGACACAUCCUUCAUCACAACACAAAUCACUUCCAUCUCGAAGCGAUCGUCCCUGACCGCAUCGCCGCUGUCCGAAUCCGACGAGGACAGCGCCGUGCUGGGCGACGACGACGAGUACAGCGAGGACGAGCUUCCCCCGUCCCCAAUCAGACGCCACAGCGGCGCCAUGUCCGUCAGCCAGGAGGAGCUCCCCUUCUGCCUGAACAGGCAAGCCCUGAGGAGAGAGACGGCCGCCCACCGCGCACAGCAGCACCUUGCCCACGAGCACAAGAGGGAGCGGGCCGGCACCUUUACGGCUCACGAGCAGUGGGACUCUGAAAUCGACGGCCCUUCCAUGUCGCUCUGGAUCCCGCAGCCAUCAAAAACAAGCUCGACUACAGAGCACAAGCGGAGGCGGACCGAGACGGCUGCACCGGCCAAGAGGGAGGUCCCCGUUCAGCACCACGUCCAGCACAUCGAGGGCCCCAUGAUGUCUCUAUGGGAAGCCUAA